ACUCAGCUGGGGAAGCCAAAUAAAACAAAGAGUGCAUUCAAAUGUGGAUUGCAUCAGUUCCCUUUUGCAGGAAAUGCCAAACGCCUGCCCAAGGCGAGGAGGAGACUCUUUCCGGGUCAGUUUUCACUUUCUCUCUGCCUCCCUCUCUCUGCCUUCGCUUUGUUUUCACUUCCAGGGCAAGAGAGCCUUCUCUCCCCCCCUUUGCAAAGAAGACUGGGGCAGCCGACAUGUUUCCUUGCCUUGCCUUUGCGCAUUUUUGAAGGGUCCCGGAUUGGAUCCUGGUUUUAUUGGGAUUUUAUUGCAAGAUAUAUUUUUGCAAAUAAUUAUUUGCAUUUUUUUUUUGGUUUUGGUUUUUCUUCCCUUUGCCAGGUUGAAAGCUAUGGGGAGACUUUGGGGAGCCCUCGAUUUUGGCGUGGGUUUGGUUUAAGUCUGUGUUUUAUUCAUAGGAUUUUAAAGGAAUUCCAGAUACAUUUUUUUUUAAAAAAAAAACCCUGCACUUUUUUUUAGCAUCCUUUGCAAUUCCCCUUUUCUUGCCAUUGAGUGCAUUUAUUUAAAAACUCGGGUGUAUAUUGAAGAAGCAGGAGGACAAAAGGAAGGAAAUACACACACACAUACACACAUGAAUAAUUGAGACAUAAUUUCCACCGGAAUGCGGAGUGGCUUCGGAUCCGUCUCGUGUGAACCCAAAGCGAAGUGAAUCAGUCACUGGCAAGAAUCGGUUCCCUGGUUGGAUCCAAAGGGAGACCCGGUUUUCUCCUGGGCCAUGGGAAGGCCCCAAGGUUUAAGGACCUGGACACGUGUUAAUGAUAUUCCAUGUAUGAUUUUUCCACUUGUGGAGCUGUUGAAUACCUUUGGCAGAACUGUAUCUAAGUUAACAUAAUUCUUCAGUCCAGUGAGCGUCAGAAGAUGGCUCCAUUAACCCGCAAGAGCUCGGCUGAACGUAAGGCAGAAGCAAUCUACUGUGCCUGGAAAGGACAGCUCUUCAUUCAAGAUCAGCAGAUCUCUGACAUUGCUCUCCGAUCAUCAUGUAGAUUUUCUAUCCCAGCACAGCUGCCAACCAAACUAGAGAUCAGACAUGCUGUAGCUGUAUCUGAAUUGAGAAAAAAACUGCCUGAGGAAGCAUUUCGAAUAAAAAAUUAUUCCAGUCAUGAAGUCGAAUGUCAAGACUUAUUAUUCUGUUUAUACGAAGUGGAAAUAUUGAAUCAAAAUGAACCAAAAGUGGUGCUGUUAAUAGACAGCUUGAAAGAAAAAAAGCUG